AUGGUCUCUUACAUUUUCAGGCUGGUUCUGCAAUCCAGCCAGGGUUCCGAUAGUCUAGACCGACCAAACAGCGACUCCGCGUCCUGGUUGAGGCGAUAUCUGAGCUGCUGGUCAGCAUACAGCACGGCUGGGUUGAAGUCUCACUCCGCGCUACGGCAAUCCCUAGUAGCGGGACAAAUACCCGCUCUUCACGAGUACCUCUUUUACCGUGCGACAACCAACGUCGCCUGGCCGGCAAUGCUCCUCGCGGCGACUCAGCACCACCUCCCCCCUCUCUCCGAUUCCUCCUUCCAAGCCCUCCUCCCUCUCAUCUUCACAGCAGCCGCUCUCACAGCACUCUCCGCCGAUUCCCUCCUCGUGACACGUGGCAAGCUCGCCACGUCAGCGUCCUUAUCCGCAGCGCAGCUGUUCGACGGGGAGACGAAUCUUCUCCUCCAGAACUCCCUCGCCGUCGCGUUCGCUGCGGUUGCUAGUCGGAUCGAGCUCGAGGCGGAGGAUCUGCCCGAAGGUGACGAACGCGCGGCGUUGCUGGGGUUCGUGCGCGUCGCGAAGAGCGCCGUUCACGGCGUCAUGGCGUGGUACGGCUGCGCGUGGCGAUUCCGAGCGCAGCCGGCUGCAAAGACGGCAAUCACUGAAGCCAACGCUGGUUCGGAUGAUGAAGAGGAUAAGAUAACCGUGGAGGGAUGCGGCGUAGAGUUAAUUAACGAC